AUGGAGGAGCCGCUCCCGGCGGGGGGCGCGGGCGGGGACGGCCCCUGCGCGCUGCUGCCGGCCGCGGCGCUGGCCCUGGACGGGGACGAGGACGACCUGGAGCUGUUCAGCAAGGAUGCCUCCCUGAUGGACAUGAACUCUCUGAGCCCCACCAUGCCCACGUCCCCCUUGUCGAUGAUCAACCAGGUCAAGUUCGAGGACGAGCCGGACCUGAAGGAUCUCUUCAUCACGGUGGACGACCCCGAGAGCCACGUCACCACCCUGGAGACCUUCGUCACGUACAGGGUGGCCACCCAGACGUCCCGCGGGGAGUUCGACGCCAGCGAGUUUGCGGUGCGGCGGCGGUACCAGGACUUCCUGUGGCUGAAGGGGAGGCUGGAGGAGGCCCACCCCACGCUGAUCGUCCCGCCGCUGCCGGAGAAGUUCGUGGUGAAGGGCAUGGUGGAGCGCUUCAACGACAGCUUCAUCGAGACGCGCCGGCGGGCCCUGAGCACGUUCCUCACCCGGAUCGCCGACCACCCGACCCUCACCUUCAGCGAGGACUUCAAGGUCUUCCUCACCGCGCCCGACGGGGAGCUGUCGGCGCACAAGAGGCAGGGCCCGGGGCUGCUGAGCAAGGUGGGCCAGACGGUGCGGGCGGCCGCCCUGGCCCUGCGGGGAGUGCGGGGCCGCCCCGCGGAGUUCGAGGCGAUGAGCGGCUUCCUGGAGGCCUUCAGCCAGAAGGUGGGGCUCCUCCACAAGGUCUCCCAGCGGAUCUGCAAGGAGGAGCGCGAGUACGUGGACGAGAUGAAGGAGCUCGGCCCCAUCCACGCCCUGUGGGCGGAGCUGGAGGAGGACCUGGCGGACACACUGCAGGGCGUGGCCGGCUGCCUGGACCGGUGCUGCCAGGCCACCGAGCGGCGCCUGCGUGGCCUGGCGGAGGCCCUGCUGCCCGUCGUGCACGAGUACGUGCUCUACGGCGAGAUGCUGAUGGGCGUCAUGAAGCGGAGGGACCACAUCCAGGCGGAGCUGGAGUCCAAGGCGGAAGCGUUGACCUACAAGAAGGCGGACACGGAGCUGCUCCGGGAGGAGGUGGGGAAGCUGGAGGACAAGCUGGAGUGCGCCAACACCGCGCUGAGGGCCGACUGGGAGCGCUGGAGGCAGAACAUGCGCCACGACCUCACGUCCGCGUUCACGGCCACGGCCGAGAGGAACGUCCGCUACUACGAGCAGUGCCUUGCCACGUGGGAAUCCUUCCUGGCCGCACAGAGCGACCUCUACGCCAAAGAGCCCCCUGAGGACAAGCCUUAG